UUUGACUAUGUCCCCACUUGAGGUGGCCCUCACCGGUGGUACUACAGGUGUUACUUUUAAAAAUGUUAACAUGACGGUUGCAGCAUGUAUGAAACUUCUAAAUUUGUUGUCAAACUCUAACGUAACUAAUGCUGGCUCUUGAAGAUGCAAAAUUCUUCUUAACACCUCUCGGUGACAUAAGGUCAAUCCCAGAGAUCCGCCAUUUGGAGGUUGUUGUCCUCAAAAAUGUGGAUACUCCUCAGUUCUACAGUUUUCCAGCCCUGUCUUUCAUGGGGCCAGUACUGAAAGUGGGGCGCCGGGUUUCUGUGAUUAACUCCAAGUUGUUUGCUAUUCCCUGUGAAACCUCUACUCAUCUGUUAAAGCUGGAGUAUAUGGAUAUCAGUGACAACCUUUUCAGUGAUCUUGCGUUGACGGAAAUGAUGUGUGAUGGCAAAGGUGUCCUUUGGAGUCUGCAAACCAUCAAUGUCAGCAGGAAUCACUUGCGGUCAAUCAACAGUCAGCUCUUCACCAAACUAGAAAAGCUUCAAAACAUCGACAUGAGUGGAAAUAUGUUUCAUAGUAUGCCUGAGACUUGUAACUGGCCACCAAAUCUCAGAUUCUUAAACCUUUCGUCAACGCAUUUGACAGAGGUGACAUCUUGUCUGCCAGAAAGUUUAUACAUCCUUGAUCUCUCGGACAAUAAAUUAACUGUAUUCAACAUCGAACUACCUUUUCUCACAGAUUUAUACAUCUCGGGCAACAAGAUCAGUAGUUUGCCUGAUGGUGGUUUAUACCCUCGUCUUGUAUCUAUCUACAUUCAAAAAAAUGAUUUACAGACAUUCCGCAGUGAUAAUCUAAAUGAUUAUAAUAAUCUGAAGAGUCUGAAGGCUGCUGCUAACACAUACAUCUGUUCGUGUGACUUUGUAGCAUUCAUGACAAGUGACUUGACAAACAGUCGAGUCAGAAUCGAAGAUGAGUUAAAGUUGUACAUCUGUGACUCCCCUGAUGCCGUGAGAGGAAAGAGCGUAUCAGACGCGAGGUUAUCGGUGUUUGAGUGUCACACGGCUUUAUCUUUUUCUCUACUCUGCUCAGCCAUUCUGGUCAUGUUUCUGCUCGUUGCUGGUUUGUGUCACAAGUUCAGCAUUGUGUGGUACAUGAAGAUGACCUGGGCCUGGUUGAGAGCCAAGAGGAAGCCAAAGUUAAAAAAGGGAGAGCUUGAGUAUGAUGCCUUUGUGUCCUACAGCGAGAUGGACUCUGGUUGGGUGGAAGCUCAUCUGGUCCCAGAGCUUGAGCAGUCCGAGCCCCCUCUCCAACUCUGCCUCCACAAAAGAGACUUUGUCCCUGGAGGAUGGAUCAUGGACAACAUCAUGGACGCCAUUGAGAAGAGUCACAAAACACUCUUCAUCCUUUCUCAGCACUUUGUCAGGAGUGAAUGGUGCAAGUACGAGCUGGACUUCACCCAUUUUAGAUUGUUUGACCAAAACAACGAUGCAGUUGUGCUGAUUCUGUUGGAGCCCAUUGACAAAAACACCAUCCCCAGAAAGUUCUGUAAGCUGCGGAGAGUGAUGAACUCCAGGACAUACUUGGAGUGGCCUGAUGAUGAAAACCAGAUCAACAGGUUCUGGCAGAGUUUGAGAACAGCUAUUAAAAGACCUGUGACUGAUAAUUUACUCAAUUCAACUACGAAUUUGGUCAUUUGAAUUACAGUUUUUUUAUACAUGUAUAUAUGUAUGUGUGUGUGUGUGUG